AGUGGGGUCACUCAAGUGCCUCCAAACAACGACAACAACAAAGUGCACAAAGUAUACAUAUUGUUGAAUCGCAUCGCCAACAGUCAUCAAAACAACACAUAAUCUUUCUCCAAAUUAUACUCAACUCCUCUAAUACAUCAAUUCGACUCUACUAUACUAUUCCUUCACAAGUCAUCCAACGCGACUAGUCAGCAUGGCCAAACUCACAGACUUCAAGCUUCUUUCAUUUGACGUCUAUGGCACGCUCAUAGACUGGGAGAAUGGAGCUUUGAUUGGACUUGAGCCCCAUUUGAAGAAAUCCGAUCAAGAAAACAUGGACCGUAAGCAACUCUUGAAAACCAUGCACAAGAUCGAGGCCCGGGUUGAGAGGGAACACGGCCAUCUCAAGUACUCCGAGGUACUUGCCAAGGUCCUCCCUGAGCUGUGCGAGACAGUCGGGCUAGAGAAACCAAGCGAAGAAGAAUGCACAAAGUUUGGCGCGAGCAUUGGUGAUUGGCCCGGAUUCUCCGACAUCCCCUCUGCGCUGGAGCGGCUUUCUAAGUUCUACAAGUUAGUCGUCCUAUCCAACGUCGACCACGCCUCGUUCAAGAGAGGCAAUGCAAAUGGCCUCAAGGGCUACAAAUUCGACGCUGUAUACACGGCCCAGGAUAUCGGGUCUUACAAGCCUGACCCCCGGAACUUUGAGUACAUGCUUACCCAUGUCAAGGAAGAGUUUGGCGUGGAGAAGCACGAGGUGCUGCAGACAGCGCAGUCGCAGUAUCACGAUCAUCACCCCGCCAAAGACAUGGGGAUCAAGAGUUCGUGGAUCUACAGACCCGGUGCUGUCAUGGGGAACCGCGAUGAUCCAGUGUACACGUGGAAGUUUGACACGCUUGCGGAUAUGGCGGAUGCGGUGGAGAAGGAAUUUGCAGCGCUGGGACGAUGAACGUAAAAACGAACAGAUAGUACUGCGUGGUCUUGGUAGUAGUAUGAGUUAUUUUUUUCUAUAGAAAAGGAAUGAAUCUAGAAUGCCUA